ACGAGAGGAGGAGAGUGCAAGAUGGCCGAGGACGCAGCCCGUGGCCGGCAGUACGCCUACCAGAACAACUCGAGCCUCGUGCUCGAGUCGGACACGCGCCGGCGCCACAAGGAUGAGCCCACGGGCGAGGUUGAGUCGCUGCGCGGGCGCAUCAACUACCCCAUGGGCAGCCUCGCCCGCCGGGCCGAAGCGCCCAAGAUGCCCAAGAAGCGCAAGCAGGAGACCUCGGACUCGGGGCUCUCGGUGAAGAAGCUCUUUGUCGGCGGCCACAAGGACAUUCUGAAGCGCACCGAGGAGUCCUUCAGCUACGUGCCCUCCAACGAUGUGAGCCGUGCGGCGUACGAAGAACUGCUACAGAUCAUGACGCAGUACUUGGGCGACCAGCCGUCUGAGAUCAUGGCUGACGCGGCCGAAGAGGUCCUUCAGAUUGUCAAGAGCGAAGCGUACCGCGACGACGAAAAACACAGAGAGACGGCCAAGCUGCUGCAAGGGCUGCCUGCCCACGAGUUCAACCAGAUUGUGGGCAUGGCCAAGCGGAUGCAAGACUUUCGCGUGCAGACGGCCGAGACCACGGACGACGCACCAAACGAAGACGACGACUUGGACAAGGACAUGGGCGUCGCCGUCGUCUUUGACGAGGAAGAAGACGAGGCGUCGGACGUUGGCGAGAUUCAGGACGUGGACGACGACGACGACGACGAAGACAUGGAGCGCGAGGGCAUGCGCGUCAACCAAGCGAUGGACGACGACGAAGACCGCGACGACGGCUUAAACGUCCACGACAUUGAUGCCUACUGGCUGCAGCGCCAGCUUGGCCAGUGGUACAAGGACGCCGAGAUGAGCGACCGGCUCGCAGAAGAGGUGCUUCUCGUGCUGCGCGAAGCGGACUUGGGCGCGUGCGAGAACAAGCUCGUGCUGCUGCUCGACUAUGACAAGUUUGAGUUUAUCAAGCUCCUUUUGACGAACCGCGCCAAGGUGUUUUACUGCACGCGGCUCAAGCAGGCGCAGUCAGACGCUGAGCGCGACGCGAUCGAGGCCGAGAUGCACAACGACCCGGCCGGCCCCGGCAUCUUGCAUGCGCUGGCAGCGACGACGUCGGCCGAAGGCUGGAUGCAGGCGCGCCUCGGCGCCAUGGAGACCGAGACGCGCGCGGCCGCCAAGAACCUCAAGAAGAUGGCGCUGGACGGCAGCGCGUCCGACGCGGUCGACGCCGAGGCCGCGAGCGUCCGGCCGCUGCACACGCUGGACGUCGAGUCGCUCGUCUUUGCCGAGGGUAGCCACUUUAUGAGCAACAAGGACUGCGCCUUGCCCGAGGGCACGUGGCGCGCGCAGAAGAAGGGCUACGAGGAGUACCACGUGCCGGCGGUCAAGGCCAAGGUCGCGGCCGAGGAGGAGAAGAAGCGCAAGCUCAUUUCGUCGCUGCCGUCCUGGAUGCACGGCGCCUUUCCCAAGAUGGAGUCGCUCAACCGCGUGCAGAGCAAGAUGUACUCGGCGGCGUUCGAGUCGGGCGAGAACCUCCUCUUGUGUGCGCCCACCGGUGCGGGCAAGACCAACGUGGCCAUGCUGACCAUCAUGCACGAAGUGAGCAAGGCACGGAACCCCGAGACGGGCGUCAUCGACCUCAACUCGUUCAAGAUCGUGUACGUGGCGCCCAUGAAGGCGCUCGUGCAAGAGGUCGUCGACAACCUCACGCAGCGACUCACGGCCGCGUACGGCAUUGAAGUGCGCGAGCUCAGCGGGGACCAGAACCUCAGCCGCGAGCAGCUCUUCCGCACGCAGAUCAUCGUGACGACGCCCGAGAAGUGGGACAUCAUCACGCGCAAGUCGGGCGACGACCGCACGUAUACGCAGCUGGUGCGCCUCAUGAUCAUUGAUGAGAUCCAUCUGCUGCACGACACGCGCGGCCCGGUGCUCGAGGCGCUCGUCGCGCGUACGAUCCGCAACGUCGAGAGCACGCAGCAGAUGGUGCGGCUGGUGGGCCUCUCGGCCACGCUGCCCAACUACGAGGACGUCGCGACGUUUCUGCGCGUCAAGCCGGAGAAGGGCCUUUUCUACUUUGACUCGUCGUACCGCCCGGUGCCGCUCCAGCAGCAGUACAUUGGCAUCAUGGAGAAGAAGGCGAUGAAGCGCCACAAGAUGAUGAACGAGAUCUGCUACGAGAAGGUCAUGGAGCAGAUGAAGCAGGACAACCAAGUGCUCAUCUUCUGCCACUCGCGCAAGGAGACGGUCGCGACCGCGAAAGCGCUGCGGGACAUGUGCCUCGAGCACGACACGCUCUCGGACCUGCUCCCGCCCAACUCGGCGUCGUCCGAGAUCCUUCAAACCGAGGCCGAGAAGAACGUGCACAGCGACGCAUUGAAGGAGAUCCUCCCGUUUGGCUUUGGCGUGCACCACGCCGGCCUCAAGCGCGAAGACCGAUCGCUCGUCGAAGCGCUCUUUGGCGAUGGUCACUGCCGCGUGCUCUGCUGCACGUCGACGCUGGCGUGGGGCGUGAACCUCCCGGCGCACACGGUCAUCAUCAAGGGCACGCAGAUGUACUCGGCCGAAAAGUCCGAGUGGGUCGAGCUCAGCGCGCUCGACAUUCUGCAGAUGCUCGGUCGCGCCGGCCGCAUCCAGUACGACACGCAAGGCGAAGGCAUCAUCUUGACGCAGCACGCACAGCUCAAGUACUACUUGAGUCUCAUGAACCAGCAGCUGCCUGUCGAGUCGCAGCUUUUGAGUCGCCUUGCGGACCAGCUCAACGCCGAGAUCGUCCUCGGCACCGUCCAGAACCUCUCGCAGGCGGCCACGUGGCUCGGCUACUCGUACCUGUACGUGCGCAUGCUGCGGGCGCCGACGUUGUAUGGCAUUUCCGUCGACGAGCUCGCGUCCGAUCCCGGCCUUCUCCAGCGCCGCGUCGAUCUGUGCCACGCUGCGGCGACGCUGCUGGCCAAGCACAACUUGAUCAAGUACGAACGCCGGACGGGCCACUUCCAGGUCACGUCGCUCGGCAAGGUCGCGUCGCACUACUACAUUGCGCACGACUCGAUCUCGACGUACAACGAGUACCUCAAGCCGCACAUGUCGGACAUUGAGCUCUUCCGGCUCUUCUCGCUCUCGCACGAGUUCAAGUACGUCAUGGUGCGCUCGGAAGAGCGCUUGGAGCUCGAGAAGCUCCUCGAACGCGUCCCGAUCCCGGUGAAAGAAGCUCUCAACGUCAACGUCCGCAGCAGCAACAGCGGCAGCGCCAAGGUCAACGUGCUCCUGCAGGCGUACAUUUCGCGCCUCUCGCUCAACGGCUUCGCGCUCCUCGCCGACAUGGUCCAUAUUCGCCAGUCGGCCGCGCGUAUCUGGCGCGCGCUCUUCGAGAUUUGCUUGCACCGCGGGUGGGCGGCGAUGGCCGAGAAGGUGCUCACGAUCUGCAAGAUGGUCGACCACCGCAUGUGGCUCAGCCACACGCCGCUGCGCCAGUUUCCGUCGCUCUCGGACGCCAUCUGCCGCAAGCUUGAAAAGAAGGACAUUCCGUGGGAACGCUACUUUGACUUGUCGCCGGCCGACAUUGGGCAGCUUGUCAACAUGCCCAAGCUUGGGAAGGAGCUGUACACGCUCGUGCACAAGUUCCCGAAGCUCGAGCUCAGCGCCGCGGUCCAGCCCAUCACGCGGUCGCUGCUCAAGGUCGAGCUCAGCGUGACGCCCGAUUUCGAGAUGGAGGCCAACAACGAAGGGUUCUGGGUCCUCGUCACGGACGUGGACGGCGAAGCCAUCGUGCAUUACGAGUGGCUCCUCCUCCAACGCCGGUACGGCCAGGAAGAGGCCUACCUCAGCUUUACGAUCCCGUUGUUUGAGCCCCUCGCGCCGCUCUACUACCUGCGUGUCCUCAGCGACAAGUGGCUCCACUGCGAACACACGCUGCCGAUUUCAUUCCAGGAUUUGAUUCUCCCGACCAAGAACGCGCCGCCGACGGAGCUGCUGGACUUGCAGCCGCUCGCCGUGACGAACGUGCUCGCCAAGGCCUGCGUGGCCGCCGGCCUCAAGGACGCGUCGCUCGUGGCCAAGCUCAAGGCGGGCCUCGAGGCCGGGCCCGACGGCUGGCACUUUACCAAGCUCAACCCGAUCCAGACCCAAGUGCUGCCCAAGGUGCUUGAGAGCAACCACAACGUGCUGGUGUGCGCGCCGCCGGGCAGCGGCAAGGGCGUCGUCGCCGACGCCGCGCUCCUCCGCCUCUGCCUCCAGUCGUUUGACGACCUCGCGAGUGUCUUUUGUGUCUUUGUGACGCCCAAGCCGAGCCGCGCGCGCCAGCAGCUCGCCGACUGGUCGACCAAGUUUGGCGAAAAGAGUCUCUGGGAGCUCAGCGUGGUGGCGCUCACGGGCGAUGCGACCGCGGACCUCAAAUUGCUCCAGGCCAACGUCGUGAUUGCGACGCCCGAGCAGUGGGACGUGCUGAGUCGUCGGUGGCGCAAGCGCCCGCGCAUCCAGCAAGUGUCGCUUUUCAUCACCGAGGACCUCCAGUUCCUCGGCGGCGGCGAGUACGGCCCGACGAUGGAGAUCGUGCUUUCGCGCAUGCGCUUCAUUGGGAGCCAAGUGGAGGACCACAGUAUCCGCAUUGUGGGUCUGGCCAACCCGAUGGCCAACGCGCGGGACCUCGGCGACUGGCUCGGCGCCUCGAACGAAAACUGCUUUACGUUCCACCCGAACAACCGGCCGCUGCCGCUCGAGGUGCGCGUGCAGGGCUUUGAGAUCAACCACUUUGCGUCGCGCAUGCUGGCGAUGGCCAAGCCCGUCUUCAACACGAUCGCGCACCAGGCCGAUGGGAAGCCCACGAUCGUCUUUAGCCCCUCGAGCAAGCAGGCUCAGCUCAGCGCCAUCGAUCUCAUCACGUUCGCGCUGGCCGAAAACGACCCGAAGCGCUUCCUCCUUCGCGACGACAUGGAGUUCGAGCUGCCGUCGACCGACGAUGCACUCCUCGAGACGCUCAAGGCCGGCGUCGGCUACAUCUCGGAGGCGAUGCGCCCGUCCAACCGCGAGUACGUGCUCCACCUCUUCCGCAACGGUGUGCUCCAAGUGCUGCUCGUGCCGCACUCGCUGUGCUGGGACCUCGCCCACGUGCACGCGUACCUGGUCGUGAUUAUGGGCACGCAGUCGUACGACGGCAAGGAGCACCGGUACGUCGACUACCCGCUCGCAGACGUGCACCGCAUGACGUGGUUUGCGAACCGGCCGCUCGAGGACCACAACGCCAAGUGCACGGUGUUUUGCCACUCGUCCAAGAAGCGGUUCUACACCAAGACGCUCUACGACCCGCUGCCGGUCGAGUCGCAGCUCGAGUACUUUCUGAGCGACCAUCUGAACGCCGAGGUCGUGACCAAGACGAUCGAGAGCAAGCAGGACGCGGUCGACUACCUCACAUGGACGUUUUUGUACCGGCGUCUGCUCAAGAACCCCAACUAUUACCAGAUGCACGGCAGCACCAACGUGCACCUCUCGGACCACCUCUCGGACAUGGUCGAGCGCACGGUCAACGGCCUCGCCGAGUCGCGCUGCAUUGCGGUGGCCAACGAGCUCGACCUCUCGCCGCUCAACCUCGGCAUGGUCGCUGCGUUCUACUACAUUCGCUACACGACGAUCGAGCUCUUUGCGUGCAGCGUCUCGGCCACCUCGAAGCUCAAGGCGCUCCUCGACAUUCUCGCGUCCGCCUCGGAGUUUGACUCGAUCGCGGUCCGGUACGGCGAAGACCGCGUCCUCGAGAAGCUCGCCAAGCACCUCGUGUGGCCCGUCGCGCCGCCGUACACGGCCAUCCACGUCAAGGUCCACAUCCUGCUGCAGAUGCACUUUAGCCAGCAGCACCACCGCCUCUCGCCGUACCUCAAGGCGGAUCUGGACACGAUUCUGUCGGCGUGCGUCCGUCUCUUGCACGCGAUGGUGGACGUCAUCUCGUCCAACGGGUGGCUCAAGCCGGCGCUCGCGACCAUGGAUCUGUGCCAGAUGAUCGUGCAGGGCCUCGAGCACAAGGCGUCGCCGCUCUUGCAGAUCCCGCACGUGACGCAAGACGUGGUCGAGGCCAUCAAGGACCACAACGCCGAGACGGACGACGACGACGCGGUCGUGGAAACGCCGCUCGACAUUCUCAGCGUCGACGACAGCGUCCGGUCCAAGCUGCUUCCGUUCUCGACCUCCAAGAUGGCGCAGGUCGCGGCAUUUUGCAAUGCGUACCCGGACGUGGCCCUCGAAUCCGAGAUUGAAGACCCAGCCGAGAUCACGACGGGCGACGCCAUCACGGUCAACGUGUCGCUGACGCGCGAAGGCGCUGACGAAGACGAUGAUCAAGAGGAAGACGAUGCGACCGUCGGGCAAGUCCAGGCGCAGUUCUACCCUGGCCAAAAGGUCGAAAACUGGUGGGUCGUGGUCGGCGACCCGGCGACGAACGCGCUCGUGAGCAUCAAGCGCAUCCCGCUGCAGCAAAAGGCGGCGAUGCGCGUCGAGUUUGCGGCGCCGACGACGCCGGGCACGUACAAGUACACGCUGUACGUCAUCUGCGACUCGUACCUCGGCUGCGACCUCGAGAACGAACUCGAGUUUACGGUCGCCCAGGGCCGCGACACGUCCGGCGACGACGACGACGACGACGAGUCGGCCAAGGAGUAAGCCUUUGGUAUAUACUAAUACAUAAUGAUUCUUGGUGAACUGUCG